AUGGUAUCCCCCUCCAGCGUAACGCCCUCGAGGAGGGUGACUCGUAGUCAAUGCGCCAGUGAUAGAGAAGCAAAUCCCAAGAAAAUUCCCCGACUAGGCAAAACUGCAUCUCGUUAUGCAGUAUCUAGCACGGAGUCCGAACUAGAGGAACCUGCAUCCACCGACCAAGAAGAAGCUGCAUCCACCGAGCCGGAAUUUAUUGUCACCACGCCGACUUUCCCGGAAAGACUGUUCGCACGUAAUUGCUAUCCUGGCAAACCUCGACUGAAUAUCUAUUCAAAGGCGAGUAUCAUUGGAUCGUUAGUGAAGUUGCUAAGAGGCUCCCCUGAAAUGAAUUGUCUGCUAGGAAGUCAGUUUGGAGCUCUGUUCCACUUACCUGUAUCGCGCUGCUCAAACUCUGCGAAACUUGUACAUUCUCUCCUAAGCCGUCAGCUGGUUACGAUGCGCCUAUAUGAGCUCUGGUUCUUGUUUGCAGACAAGCCACUACGCUUUUCUCUGCGUGAGUUCGGAGACAUCACGGGGCUGAAAUGCGAGCCUGAAAGGGAAAAAGUUGGAAACGGGUCAGAAUCUAUCGAUGCCACACCUGGACGUAUGUGGAAAGAGUUGUUUGAAACUGAAGAUGAAGACGUGACUGUACCAGAUGUUCUUCGUAUGCUUGAACGGCCUAGUCUUCCUGAGUGGAAGCGGUUGCCACUAGCUCUCAUUGCGCUUGUAGAUGGGCUCCUGGUUUGUGGUCACAAACUUCUUCGUGUGACGCCUGCUUACGUCGAGAUGCUGGAAGACACCAGAUCAUUUCUUCAAUAUCCAUGGGGGAGAGAGGCAUUCGUCAGCACUCUGUCUAGAUUGAGACCACCUCAACCUUCUGAUCCUUCUAAAAUGGAUAAAUCCCUUUCGGUCAUGCGCCUUCGUUUGAAACAGCAGUCAACAGCGUGUUAUGGGUUCCCUCUGGCGCUGCAACUUUUUGCUUUUAAAGCUAUCCCCUCAUUGCUUGAGAAAAUUCCCGAACCUAAUAAAACCACUUCUUUCUUACAAGAACCAGAAGGAUGCGACUCAACAAAUGCACUUCUGAAUUUUGAAGACAUACUUCUGGUGGAAACCCAAACUGAGGUUAUUGUUACGUAUUCAAUCCCAGAUGAAGGUGGGGAUCCAAAGUGGAAGAAAGAAGUAAUCGAUCCCCAAAUAGAUAACUUAGUUCGUCGAAUGCGGGAAGGGCACGAGUUCAAAGCAACAGACUUUAGAGGAGGUGAUUCAUCCCUUCCACCUCCGAAGCCAGCCGAAAAGGCUGAAGGUGUUGGUGUCAAAAAGAAGUGUCAAAAGCCGUCUAAUCGGUUUGGGAAAGCAUGUGAUGAACCUGGAAGUUCGACUCAGGCGCCUCAGCGUCCUAUUCGACCUCGUCGUGGGAUAUGUAAACAGGCUGAACCAGGAAACUUAUCAGAUAAGGAGCAAGAGCUGAAAGAGUGGAUACGAGUUGAACUGAAAACGCAGUUGGGUAAAUUGCGGAACGAGAUUUUUGACUGGUUGCAUCAUGAUAGGGGAGGCUCGUUCACGGUUCCGCAAAACACAGCAGCCGGUUAA